CACCGCGGCGGCCACGGCGGUCCUAGAGGCGGAGGAGGCCGGGGCGGCGCAGGAGGCGGCGGCGGCGGCAGUGGAGGGCAAGGCCAGGACAAGGAGCGGCCGAAGAAGGAGAACAUCCUGGAUCUGAAGAAGUACAUGGACAAGCGCAUCUCGGUCAAGUUCAACGGCGGGCGGGAAGCGACGGGUGUGUUGAAGGGGUACGAUGCGUUGAUGAACUUGGUUUUGGAUGAGGUGGAGGAGCUGUUGAGAGAUGACGAGGGCAACGAGAUGACCAGGCCGCUCGGGCUGGUGGUGGUGCGUGGCACGCUGCUCGUGGUGCUCAGCCCGGUCGACGGGAGCGAGGUGAUAGCGAAUCCGUUCCUCCAGGCGGAGGAGGACUGAAGUGGGAAUCGAAAUUACAGUUGUAAGGUCUGGGCUUUAAGGGCGGUAUCGGGACCAAGAGACAGAAGGGCAGGAUAUUUCCGCCUUACUGAAAAGGGCUGACUGACCUGGUCUGGGAAUGGCCGCCCAGGCCUAUCUAUAUCUUAGGAAUGGCCUGCCCGAGAGUGCAAAUGAGCUUCUUUAUAUAGCUUCUUCCUGCUAUCUCGGCGUUGGAAGCUGGAUGGUGGCCAUCCUGCUGAGAGUACGGUCCCUCAAUGAAGGCCGGCGUAAGCAUCGAAACUCGAUUCCCGCCUCGCGCAAUUGUUAUUCUAUGUUGAUGAAAGCAGCUUGGAACCUAAAGUCU